AUGGUGAAUAACGCCGGCGUGGGGCACGUCGGUCCCGUGGAGAGCAUCAGCGUGGAGGAGAUGAAGCGCAUCUUCGAGACCAACUUCUUUGGGGCCGUGAGGAUGAUCAAGGCCGUUCUCCCCGAGAUGAAGCGGCGGCAGAGCGGUCACAUCGUGGUCAUCAGCAGUGUCAUGGGGCUGCAGGGGAUCGUCUUCAACGACGUCUACGCCGCCUCCAAGUUCGCUGUGGAGGGAUUCUGCGAGAGCCUGGCCGUGCAGCUGCUGCAGUUCAACGUCUUCGUCUCCAUGGUGGAACCGGGCCCGGUGAACACGGAUUUUGAGCUGAAGCUGAUGGAGGAGGUUUCCCGCUCUGAGUUUCCCGGCACCGACCCGGCUACUGUGCGGGAUUUCAAGGACGUGUACCUGCCGGCUUCCCACGAGAUCUUCACCACGCUGGGGCAGAGCCCCACAGCCGUGGCCGAGGCGAUCGUGAAUGUGAUUGGAGCCAGGCGCCCGGCUUUCCGCACGCAAACCAACCACCUCUACACGCCGUUGGUGGCCCUCAAGUACGCAGAUCCCUCGGGGGAUCUGUCCGUGAGGACCUACUACCGCCUGCUCUUCAACUACGGCACCCUCUUCCACCUCAGCAUGGGCGCCCUGCGGUGCCUCACCUGCGGCUGCUUCCGACGUAGGGUCACCCCGCUCUGA